UCUUCCCAGAUGUGAUACUGAGAUUACUAUCUAACUCUGUCCAGUUCCUGAGUUUGAUUGGAUAUUUACCAUGGAUCCCUGGGACCAGAACAGGAACAUAAAGAAAUGCUUCAUUAAAUCUAAAAUUUGGCCUUCAUCAUGUUAAUAACAGAAACAAAUUACUAAAUACCUGAGAGAUUGUAAUUUAGUCAAAUUAGGCCAAAUUAAACAAGACAAAUGGCUACUACUUCUAUAAGUGAAAAAAUCAAGGAUGCAGAACUGUUUCAGAAGCAGUUCUUUCUACUUUGAAUAAUGGUCAAUCAAAGAUCCCAAGGAAAUCUGCAACAAAACAUUAGAGACCUUAAGGAUUCAGUCUACACUGCUUACAGUGCUUGAGGGAGCUUGAAAAGCUGUCUAACUGAAGAAGGUCAAUCAGGAAAUGUGAACAUGAACAGCCCCGGGAUUCAGCAGGCCUCUCAGACCACUUUGAACACAGAGAGCCUUGGAACUCAGGUAUCCCAGCCUAGUGUGAACACAGGAAAAACACUAAAUACCAUGCCUGUUCACCAAAAUACUACAGAUGCUGACUCUAGCACAAAUGUUAUGAACCGUUCAAUUCUCAGCAAUCCUAGCAUUCUGAUUAAUCUGAACAAUGGUGUUCAAAGUGCUGCUACUCUUAAUCAGCUUGUAAAUAACAAAACAUUACCUGUGGACACUUCAAAAACAGUGGGACCUGCCGAUGUGGAGGUUACAGAGCAGAGCUUUUCAGUUAUUAUUCAAUCAGUUCAGAGAUUGGAUCCACCACCACCAGUCCAAAAUUUUAACCAAACACCAGAACUGGAAAAUGUCAAAGUGAAAAUAGAGGAAAGCUCAGUUGUUGAUGAAAUCCAGUCCUCCAUCCCUAUGAGUGAAGAAGGAAGGGUUGAAAAUAGUCUUGUUGCAGUAAGUAUAAGUCCGAAUGAAGAUUUAACAGACAAUAGUAGCAAAGAUAAAAUGAAUGAAACUGGCUUCAAGUUUUUCAAGUGUGGAAUUUGUGAUGAGGGUUUUAGUGAUUCAUUAGUUCUAGAGACGCAUGUUCGACAGCACAAGAUAUUCCAAAGUGAAGUCAUAAAAUGUGGGUAUUGUGAAGAGAGUUUCUCUUUUAAAACUGAUGCAUCACACCAUCUGAGGUGUAUCCAUGGUAUCAUUUGUGAGAAACCAAAAGCUGGAAUGGAAGAAGUUAAUUUACCAACCUAUGAGAGUGAGGGAAAAUCUGUGAAAAUUAUUCGAGUCAUUCGAACAAAAAUACCAAAAUGUGGGAUUUGUGGAAGAAUAUUCCAAAAUUUGGAGAGCUUUGCACAGCACAAAAAGAACAGCAGUUGCGCUUAUGUGUGGUAUUGUUGUGUUUCUUGUGGGCAACCAGUUGGGAAAGAAACUCGUGAAGAAGUACCACUCCCAAAAGAAUUAAUGUGCAAACUGUGUCAUAAGUCAGGAAACCAGCCAAAAGAGAACACAGAUACCAUAAUGCAGCAAAACAAGCAAGGAAGUGAAAUGAUUUUAGGUGUAGUGCAACCAAGUAUUGUAGGUUCUGGUUGUAAUAAGUGUAGAAAGAAAGAGCAAACCGAACAAGGAGAUGUAAUGAUUUUAGGGGCUGUGCAACCAAGUAUUGUAGGCUCUGGUUGUAAUACAUGUAAGUGUAGAAAGAAAGAGCAAAGCGAACAAGGAGGUGAAAUGAUUUUAGAUGCUGUAAGUUAUUUUGUGAGUUGUGAUUCAAAGCAUGCGGAUCAAAAUAAACAAGGAGAUGAAAUGAUGAUAGAUGCAGUGCAGCAACCAAGUAAUGUACCUUUGGGUGGUAAAACGUGUAAGAAGAAAGUGAAAGAGUUUUACAAUUGUUUGGAUUGUCGGAAAUCUUUUACAAAAAAAUGUUCAUAUGUGAUGCACCUGAAAAUGUCGCACAGUACCGCAAAACAGUAUAAGUGUGAUUUGUGUGAGCGGGCCUAUAUGUAUCCCACUUCUCUGAGAUUACACAAACUUUCACACUCAAGUAUGGAAACAUUUGCAUGUGAUAAGUGUCCGAAAACAUUCAAAUUAAAGGAGGUUCUUAAAAGACAUCAGAGAGUACAUGAGCCUGCAAGGUUUCCAUGUGAUGUAUGUGGUAAGAAAUUGAGGUGGAAAUCUCGGUUCAUAGAACAUAAGAGACUACAUAGUGGUGAAAAGCCAUUUCUCUGUGAGAUCUGUGGGAAAAGGUUUCAUAGUUGGAUGUCCAGAUUUUCUCACAUGGAUACCCACAACUCCUCAAGCAAGAGACUGUGCGAGAUUUGUGGGAAACUCUACAUGUGUGCUUCUUCUUUGCGACUUCAUCAGAUAAGACACAAAAUCAAUAACUGUUCAAGCACGGAAGAAAAACUGCGCAUUGUACCGUGGGUUUGCAAUGUUUGUGGCAAAGGCUUUUGUAAAAGGUUGCCAUAUGAAAAGCACAAAUUAAAUGUACAUGAGAGUAAAAACAAGAGUGGUCAUUUAGAAGAGAAAAAUCCUGAUAGUCAAAUCAGAUGUGACAUUUGUGGAAAAUCUUUCUCAACUAGAUGGACUCUUUUAUCUCAUAUUGCUCUCCAUAAAGGAAUGAUGUGGACUGCCUGUGAGAAAUGCAAUAUGGUAAUGCAUAAACACUCUUUGAAAAGGCAUAUGUUAAGAAUGCACAGAACAAAUGUAUAACUAUUUAUAUGACUAUUGACCAAUUUGAUGUUAACAAGUUACUAAUAUUACUUAUUAAGUUAAUGUAUAUGUUAGAAAU